AUUAAAUGAACCAUAACCAUAACUCUAACUAGGAAGAAGAUUUUAAUGAAACAAUUUUGGAUGUAUUUUUUAAUGACAUAGUUCAUAGUAUUUGGAUAUUUUAGUUAUUAUAGAAAUAUAUAUGGCAAUAUGCUGAUUGAAGAUUGUGAAUCUAUUUUCCAAUGGCAUCCAGAAAUGAUACUUACUUCUACUUCACCAGUUACAUGGCAAGGAUUUCUAAUGAUCACAAUACCUUCUAAUGCAAUAGAAAAACAAAGAGUUAGACUGAAACUAAUUUUACCAAAUUAUCCACUGAUACACGAUGCAGUGCUUAAUUUUGGUAAGAGCUAUGCUUUUUUACAAAAACAAACAUUUGUUACAAGUGUAAAUGAUUUAAUUCAGAAAUCUUCUUCUUCGGUAUCAUCUUUUUUGAGAUUACUACAAUCACUUAUUAGUGAAACUAUCGAAGAAUAUAAUGUACCAAUUGAUCAAUCACCUACUGCCAUACUUCAAGAUUUAAAAGAUAUAUUUGAAUCUAAAUCUGGCGUUACAUUAUCAUCUAAUAGUUCAUUAGAUACAAUCAAAUUAUCAUUGAAAAACAUUCAUAUUGUAUUGAAAAGAACUAAUGACAAUAUCAAUCCAUGGAAUGUUAUAUCUAAUGAUUUACCGGAGAUAUCUGCAUUCGGAUCUUUUCAUGAAAAAAUAUCUUCUUUAACUGUUAUAACAAAUAAAUUUAAACAACAAGUAGAAAGAUUUGAUGCCUUAUGGAAAGUCCUGUCAGAAAUUGAUAAAAAUUGCUAUGUACUAGAUCCAAUUCCUGCAAGGCCGUGUCACUUAUUUAGACGUAUUUACUUAUCACAAUCAUUAUCUAUGUUAAUUACAAUAGAUCCCCUAAAUCCUACUUCGCCUCCAAAUCUGAAAUUUUUAGGCAGUGAUGUUGAUGUACAAAGACAAAAAGAUAUUAUUUCAAAGAACAUGUGUGUAAGUACAUGUGUUAUGAUUAACAAUUACCAAUUCUAUUCGUAUAAUUUGAUUAUGUUUAUUACUGUUGCAAAUUUGCAGGUCUGGAACUCGGAAAAAAAUAUAUUACAGAACUUACUUAUUUUGUUAGAUAUAUCUGAAUUUCCCUCCCAAAAAAAACAAGACGAUAGCGUCGACGAUCAAAAUUGUAUGUUUACGAAUGAAGAAUGUUGUAUUUGCUUCUCUUUAGAAUCAGAUACGGAACAAUUUCCAAAUAAAAUUUGCGAUAAUAUUAAAUGCAGAAAACAUUUUCAUACCAAAUGUUUGCUACAAUGGUUACAAGCAGUAGCUGGGAACCAGGUUGCAUUUGAUCACUUACAUGGUUCCUGUCCUCAUUGUGAAGAAAAUAUAUCCUGUCCUAUUAAUUGAUUUGAUCAAUGUGUGUGUGUGUGUGUGUGUGUGUGUGUGUGUGUGUUUGUAUGUCACAUUAUCAUUAGAUUUAAA